ACAGAAAGAAAAGUUGCUCGCGGAUCUCUUAGGAACUUUCAGAUUUCAUCCCGCUGCCAUGAGCAGGGCGACGGGACGCAACGCCCGUCGGGAGCGCCAGGGUAAGGCGGCCCUCCUGUAAAGGCAUUCAGCCUCGGAGCGCCCCUGGGCUUUCUCAGGCUCCAGCCAUGUCACCUGGGCAGAACAAGGAGGACCUCAGCCCGAAGAACCAGAGCGAGAGGGAAGAGGGUGCCCCGUGCAGGAACCUCCCCGAGCCUCCGGCUCAAGCAGGUUGUGGGAUGUUCACUCUCCUGUCAUCCAUCAUUGCUGCCAUCAGUGGAUUUUUGAUGGGUUAUGAGCUUGCAGUUAUCUCUGGAGCUCUUCUUCAGUUAACUAGCAUCCUGACGCUUUCAUGCCGACAACAAGAGAUAAUUGUAAGCGCACUUCUUGUUGGUGCCUUGUUCGCUUCAUUAACUGGUGGGAUCCUGAUAGACAAAUAUGGGAGGCGACUUACCAUUAUGCUGUCAUCUGGUUUAUUAGUUGUGGGCAGUCUGAUUCUGAUAAUUUUCGCCUCAUACGGACUACUUAUAACAGGACGGAUUGUGAUUGGGAUUUCUAUCUCGCUUUCUUCAACUGCAACAUGUGUGUAUAUUGCCGAGAUUGCCCCACAGCACAGAAGAGGCUUGCUUGUGUCUUUAAAUGAGCUCAUGAUUGUAAUGGGCAUUCUCUUUGCCUACAUUUCUAAUUAUGCCUUUGCUAACGUUUCCCAUGGGUGGAAGUACAUGUUCGGCCUUGUUAUUCCACUGGGGAUUUUACAAACAAUUGCUUUAUAUUUUCUUCUGCCCAGUCCUCGGUUUCUGGUUAUGAAAGGUUUUGAUGAAGCUGCUAAUAAAGUACUUGGAAAGCUCAGGACAUCUUUGGACACUACUGAAGAACUCACUAUGAUCAAAUCUUCCUUGAAAGAUGAACACCAAUAUCAUUUUCUGGAUUUGUUCCAUUCGAAAGACAACAUGAGAACACGGAUGCUGAUAGGGAUUGUUCUAGUUUUUUUUGUACAAACAACUGGACAGCCCAACAUCUUGUUUUACGCAUCCACCGUUUUGAAAUCAGUUGGAUUUCAGAGCAACGCGGCGGCUAGUUUGGCCUCAACUGGGGUUGGAGCAGUUAAAGUGAUCAGUACCAUUCCAGCCAUUCUUUUUGUGGACCAAGUAGGAAGCAAGACAUUUCUGUGUAUUGGCUCAUCCCUCAUGUCGGUGUCCUUGGUCACUUUAGGAUUAGUGAUGCAUAAUAUACAUGUGAAUGUCACCACUGUCUGUAAAAAUCAGUCUUUGGAAGAGUUCCUAUUUCAGGGAGUGGGAACAGUGACCUUCACUAAUGAAACUUUUAAGGAACGUUUUGCUGGCAUGACUUUCUCUGUUAAAAGUUCAUGGUGGAAGGAUGAAAUUGCGGACAUAAGGAAUCAGAACAGAACAACAUUGGCAGGAGACAAAAUGCAAGCAGAAUCCCAGGUAGCAGUUGAACCCGCAGAAGUGCAAACCUCUCUGAAAUGGCUCUCUUUGGCUAGCUUGCUUGUUUAUGUUGCAGCUUUCUCCAUAGGACUUGGACCAAUGUCAUGGCUGGUGUUAAGUGAAAUAUUUCCUGGAGGGAUCAGAGGAAGAGCAAUUGCUUUCACAUCAAGCAUGAACUGGGGGGUUAAUCUCCUAAUCUCAUCAACGUUUUUGACUAUAACAAACCAAAUCGGUUUACCGUGGAUCUGUUUCAUUUAUGCACUGAUGAGCCUAGCAUCAUUAGCUUUUGUCAUUAUCUUUAUACCGGAGACAAAAGGAUGUUCUUUAGAGCAAAUAUCCAUGGAACUGGCAAAACAAAAACAUGCCAGGAAUCCUUUAUGUUGGAUGGGCCAGCGGCAAGACCAACUGAUUGGCUCAACUAUAGAACUUUCUAAUAAAGAAGUCCAUGAACAAUUCUUCUAGGCAGAGACAGAUGCUUGAGUAACUAAGGCCAGAAGAACGAACUCUCCCAAUGAACCAGAUGGUAGAACUCAUAGAAAUCCUGCUGCUACAUCCAUAUACUUAGUGUCUUACUCUAAAUUAGCUUUCUCUUAUUUUAUUUUAGAGGACUUUUUGGUCAGUGGAUAUUAUAAAAUAAUGAAUUUGCACAUUUUAAGCAGAGAACUGUCUACUGUAAUAGUAUUUCUAUGGAAAAAAAUAGUAUUUGUAUGGAAAAAAAUAAAAAACCAUAAACAUUACAUAGUCAAUAAUACAAACAUGAGAAAUCUGUGCAAACUUCUCUUUUAGAGAGUGUAAAGUAUUUUAGUCAUGCUCAGCACACUUGUGCAACUGUACUCAAUCAAUCAUCCUUUUUAGGCCUGUUAGCCAAGCCCUUUAAAGGGAAGAACACUGACUACUGCUUCAUGCUAAGUCACAAACACAUGAACUGCUAUACAGGUAGUCCUUGGGUUACGACCACUCGUUCAGCAACCGUUCAAAGUUAUGACAGCA